UGCACCCUACGGCGUCCAGCGCAGGGAAAAAGGUUCGCCGCCCACACUCCACUGCACAAAUCGGCACCCCACCGCCAAACCCAUAUCAUAUCGCCUCCGGCCUUAACUGCAAUUUUCAACGUCACGACACGCCCAGUCACCUACCCUAUUUCCCACACCCAACACUGGCCGUUGCUGAACGUGACUCUCACAUCGCAAUCAUGGCUACCAACGGUGACUUCUCAGACGAAGAUUCGCAGCCCGGCUCCCCCGUCAUCGACGCCAACGGCCACGAUGACAUCGAGGACCAGGAACCCCUCGAGCACGAGGAAUCGACCGAGAAGCCCCUCAAGUCGGCCCUGAAGAAGGGCUCUUCACUACCGCCUCCUCCCCAGAUCAAGCGCCCAGAGCUGCCACCUCAGCCGGAUCCAGAGACCCUCGACCUGACGACUUUGACGCCUCUGUCGCCCGAGAUCAUUGCGCGCCAGGCCACGAUCAACAUUGGUACCAUCGGACACGUCGCUCACGGAAAGUCGACGGUCGUCAAGGCUAUCUCUGAGGUGCAGACUGUCCGUUUCAAGAACGAGCUGGAGCGAAACAUCACCAUCAAGCUGGGUUAUGCCAAUGCCAAGAUCUACAAGUGCGACAACGAGGCCUGCCCUCGUCCGACUUGCUACAAGAGUUACAAGAGUGAGAAGGAGGUCGACCCGCCAUGUGAGAGAGAAGGCUGCACUGGACGGUACAGAUUGCUCAGACAUGUCUCAUUCGUUGACUGCCCGGGACACGAUAUUCUGAUGAGUACCAUGUUGUCUGGUGCCGCUGUCAUGGAUGCUGCACUUCUGCUGAUUGCUGGAAACGAAACUUGCCCUCAGCCCCAGACCUCGGAGCACUUGGCUGCCAUCGAGAUCAUGAAGCUGAGCCACAUCAUUAUCCUUCAGAACAAGGUCGAUCUGAUGCGGGAAGAGGGUGCUCUGCAACACUACCAGUCCAUCCUGAAGUUCAUCAGGGGUACUGUUGCUGAUGGCUCCCCUAUUAUCCCCAUCUCUGCCCAGUUGAAGUACAACAUUGACGCCGUUAACGAGCACCUUGUCUCGCACAUCCCUGUUCCCCUCCGAGACUUCACGGCUGCUCCUCACAUGAUCGUCAUUCGAUCUUUCGACGUUAACAAGCCUGGUGCUGAGAUUGAUGAGCUCAAGGGUGGUGUCGCUGGUGGUUCCAUUCUGACUGGUGUUUUGAAGCUGAACGACGAGAUCGAGAUCCGUCCUGGUCUGGUGACGAAGGAUGCGAACGGCAAGAUUCAGUGUAGACCCAUCUUCUCUCGCGUCAUGUCUCUCUUCGCCGAGCACAAUGACCUCAAGUUCGCCGUCCCUGGUGGUCUAAUCGGUGUCGGAACUCGUGUCGACCCUACCCUUUGCCGUGCUGACCGUCUCGUCGGUUUCGUCCUCGGUCUUAAGGGCCGUCUGCCAGCCAUCUACACUGAGCUCGAGGUCAACUACUUCUUGCUUCGUCGUCUGCUUGGUGUCAAGACCGCCGACGGCAAGCAGGCCAAGGUCGCCAAGCUGUCCAAGAACGAGGUUCUCAUGGUUAACAUUGGAUCUACUGCCACGGGUGCUAAGGUCAUGGGUGUCAAGGCUGAUGCUGCCAAGCUGAGCUUGACCAGCCCGGCUUGUACCGAGAUCGGCGAGAAGAUCGCCAUCAGCCGAAGAAUUGACAGGCACUGGCGUCUGAUCGGAUGGGCCAACAUUGUUGCUGGAAACACCCUUGAGCCUAUCAUUGACUAAAUAUUUUCGAUCUAUUAACAAUGUAUGCUGCUCAUCUUCUUGUCAUUUUGUGGCUAGCGGACUGCUAUUCAGCAGAUUCUGCGCCACAACCCUGUGACAAGGAGUUCCGAGUAGAUGUGACGAAUGAGAAAAGAUGGAAAGAAGGGAAUGCCAACAAAAGUCGAUUAUACCCCAACUCCCUUAUCUAGCGGCAAUGAACAACGCGACGGACAUUCCCUGCGUCGUUGCCGUCUUGGGUAAGAAGUAGCUGCAU